ACAGCCCGCACAAGCCUCAGAAUACAGUCAUUAAAAGUUCUUCCAAAAGGAACAGGAGGGCUGAUUCACUUCAUUUCUGUAAAAGAGCAAUGGAUCUAACCGCUGACCAGGCACUGACAAAAAUCGGUAGCUUCGGCCGCUAUCAACUGCGUCUGCUAACCUUCGCCAGCAUCCUUGGAUGGUUCUGGUUCGCAUGGCCAGCGCUUUUGUCUACGUUCAUUGCCGCUGAGCCCGGCUGGCAUUGCGUUGCAAACAGCACUGAAUGUCAGACGGAUGCAAUUGUGUACCUAGGGGACGACAACUACGAUCUGAGGUGUAACAUGUCGAGAAGAGCUUGGGAAUUUGUUGGCGAUUAUACAUCAGUAAUCACACAGUUUGACUUGGUGUGUGACAAAGCAAUCUACGGAACUGUGUCUUCCUCUUUGCUUUUCCUUGGCUCUCUGAUGGGCAGCACUAUAAUCAGUACUUUAUCCGACAAAUUCGGAAGAAGAGUUAUCAUCUUCACAUCUGGAUUUGUUGUUGCACUAUUCAGCCUGCUGUCAGCUUUCCCCAACUCCUACUGGCUAUUCACUCUUUUUCGCUUCAUUGUUGGAUUUUUUCUAAGUGGUGGAGUGAGUAUCUUCAUCCUCAUCUCCGAAUUUGUGGGUGCCCAACACAGAGCCAUGAUGGGAACGUCUUUAUGGUACUCUUGGACCCUUUCUUUGAUAUGUCUGGCGGGAAUUGCGUACCUCAUAACAGAUUGGAGAUUACUUUGCAUUGUCACAGGGGCACCAGCAAUCCCUCUUGCUUUGGGCUUCCUUUUCAUGUGCGUCUCUAGGUUUGUUAAUGCCCUGGUGUACUAUGGCGUGUACCUGAGCACACCCACCAUUGGUGGCAGCAUGCACCUUAACUUCUUUUUGACCAGUGUUAUCGAGCUUCCUGCAAUCCCGGCAGGCAUUUGGAUUUAUAACAGGUUUGGUCGCAAAAGGGGCGUCAUUGUUCCCAUGCUCCUCACCGCUGUCGGUACCGCGGGCUCUAUUCUCUUGACAACGGACGACGAGUCUAAUAAGGGAUAUUUUGCCGGUAAGAUCAUUAUGUCGCUGAUCUGGGCCAAGUUCUGGAUAAUGAUAUCUUAUGAUGGUCUGUACGUGUAUUCAGGAGAGCUCUUUCCUACAGCUGUCAGAAACAUUGCAAUGGGAACAUCCAAAGCUGCAGCUGGUAUUGGAGUUUUCUUUUCUCCGUACAUCAUAUAUUCGGAACGUUUUCACCCAAUAUUACCGUAUGGAAUCAUGGGAUUAAAUGCUUUAGCGGCCGGGUUACUCAGCAUGUUCCUGGAGGAGACUCGGUACCAGCCCACACUAGAAACGGUGGACAAGUCUAAGAAGAAAUCGUCAAAAGUUAUCACAUACUACCUUUGAUACAGCUUGUUUUAAGAUAGAUCACUUAUCUAUGAACAGGAGGCAAUGUGAAAUAGUAGUAAGAUUCCAAAGUUAGCGGUUAGAAAAAGGGAAAAAAUGUAAAUGCGCAAUUGUGGAUACUUCUAGAAGUUUUUGAAUAGAAGGCGUGAAAUAACUCGGUGUUAACGACAAAAGCAGUGCUGGUAGCCCUGCGAGCAGGCCCUCUUUAUUAGCGCUGUAGGCCAAGACACAAGUUUCUCAGAGACGAGUCGAUGAGAGGUUUUCCGGGAGUCUGGCACUAAUC